GGCGGGAGGGGGAGGAGAGCGGUUAGUGGCUCCUCGUGCGCGCUUGUCGGCAGCGCCGCGGGAGUGUUGCUCCUUAGCCUCCUGCUGCGAUGCAGAGUAGUAGGAUUUUGCCGAUCUCCAGCUUGGCUCCAGCCGAGAUCCUAGCCGUCGUCUUCUGCUGCUCCGACUAUCGGCACACCAGGAGGAGCGAUGCCUCGGCAGUGGGCAGAUCCGUGGCUGCAGCGGUCGCUGGGUCAUCUUGGGUGUCCGCCGGAGCCCGCGACAGGCCUUUUUUCGGCCAGCGCAGAGGACCAGCGCUCUUCGCGAGCUGCUUCGCGUCGCUUCGUGCCGCGGACCGCCGGGGCCGGCGGAAACACGGGCGCGGAGCGUGUGCUAGGCACUUGGGCUCCGUGCUCUCCGCACCAGGCGCGUCCCGCCAGUCUCGGCCCUCGCGCCCGCGUUCGCUGGCGCUGCCGAUUACAAGUGUACGUGUUUGCUUUGUCGGUCGCCCCUGGGACCGCUUCCACGUCCUCGGGGCCCAGGUCGCUUGCCGUGGCAUCCCCACGCCUGCUCGACCGCAGCGGGUUCGCUCCGACGCCGCCGACCAAAAGGUGGAUGCACUUGGUCGUUCGUAUUUGCGUGCCUCGCCUCCUCCCAGCCAGGGAGACCUUCACAGCCUGCCGACGACGAACGCAGAUAUGCACGUGCUCAGGGUACCUCAUUGGGCUGCCAGGCAGCGAGGCUGACGCCGUGCACAAGGGAUCGUGCGCACGCGGCCGCCCAACGCGUGGGACCUCUCGCACGGCCAAGCUCACUUGUAAAAUGAUGUAUCCGACCACAGGACUCCUGACUCAGCGCGAUCGCGCAACUUCGAUUCGAGCCAUCGCAGCCCACGUGCUGCUCGUGCUGCCAGUCGAAAGGUGGCCGACCGCUGUGUCGGAUCUUGCAGUCGCCUGCCAGUAACUACAGCCUUGUACUCAGGAGCAGCACCCGCGACGUCGGCCGACGACUUUCGAAGCUUGACGCAUGCGGCUUCUCGUGGAUUAA